AUGGCAUCCGCCGCGGCCGUCGCCGUCGCCGUCGCCGCCCCAGGCAGCUCCACCGUCACAGCUCCGGUCCUUGGCCGCCGCCGCCGCCAAAAGUGGUUAUGCGGCCUUGUACCAGGACGGUCGUCGUCGUCGUCUGCUAGAGACAGAGUUGGUGGAGUCCGCCAGCGCAAGAUCCUUGCUCUGGUGCCGUGUUUGGGCCAUGAACGGGGCCCCCUCGUUCCGGCGUCUGACCACUGGGGCAACUGGACCUUCCUCCUAAGCACCGCCGCCCUGGGCAUCUGGUCGGAGAAGCGGACCCCCGUGGGCAAGGCGCUGAGCGGGGCGCUGGUGAGCGUCCUGCUGGGGCUGGCGGCCAGCAGCGCCGGCGUGGUGGCGGCGGACGCCCCGGCCUACCGCGUGGUGCUGGAGUACCUGCUGCCGCUGGCCAUCCCGCUGCUGCUCUUCCGCGCGGACCUGCGCCGCGUGCUCCGCUCAACGGGGGCCCUGCUGCUGGCAUUCCUGCUCGGAUCUCUGGCGACAACGAUUGGCACUGUGGUGGCGUUCCUGCUCGUCCCCAUGCGCUCGCUAGGGCCGGACAACUGGAAGAUCGCGGCGGCGCUCAUGAGCCGCCACAUCGGGGGAGCUGUCAACUACGUUGCUGUUUCUGAAGCUCUUGAGGUUUCUCCGUCAGUGCUGGCAGCCGGGCUGGCCGCCGACAACAUCAUCUGCGCACUCUACUUCACAAGCAUCUUCGCAAUAGCUGCGAGGAUCCCCGCGGAAGACCAUUCAGUCGGAGACGAUGCUGCUGGGGGUGACAGUGACAAGCAGAAGGAGCAGCAGCAGCACCACCAGUUACCACUACCACCCGUUGUGCACAGUGCCGUGGCCAUGGCGGCGGCAUUCGCCAUAUGCAAGGCAGGCAAGCUGGCGACGACCGUGCUUGGCGUUCCGGGGGGAAGCCUUCCCUUCAUAACAGCAAUCGUGGUGGCUUUGGCAACACUGUUCCCCUCUCACCUUGGUGACCUGGCGCCGUCGGCCGAGCCCAUGGCCGUCAUUCUGAUGCAGGUGUUCUUCGCUGUUGUUGGAGCCAAUGGAAGCAUCGGCAAUGUCAUCAACACCAGCCCUAGCAUCUUUGCGUUCGCCUCGGUGCAGAUCGCGGUGCACCUCCUGGUCACCCUUGGCGUCGGGAACCUGCUCGGCCUCCACACCAAGCUGCUGCUCAUAGCGUCCAACGCCAACGUGGGCGGCCCCACCACGGUCUGCGGCAUGGCCACCGCCAAGGGAUGGACCUCUCUGGUGGUUCCAGGAAUCCUUGCGGGCAUCUUUGGGAUCGCCAUCGCCACCUUCAUGGGGAUCGCUUUCGGUCUGGUUGUCCUCAAACACAUGGCAUGA